CCCUCCGGCUGCCCUCCCCACCCCCACCCCUCGCCUCGCGUGCUCGAUUUUUCCCCCACUGCCGCCCCGCGCACACCAACACCGUCCACCAGACACGCCGCCCGCCGCCGCCCCCCAUCCCUGUCUCCGUUCCGGCUCCCGCGCGCGCCCGCCGCAUCCGUCCGUCCGGGCUUCCUCGUCUCCGCCGCUUCCGCUGCCGCAGGUCUAUUUGCCCUUUCAGAAACUGAAGCUCAGCUCAAAACCUCACCGUUUCCCUCUCAUUCUUGAAAGUGGCGAAAAAUGGAUCGUGAUGAUGUGGCUGGCUUUGUUAGUGGAGGUUGCAAACAUUCCUGCCGAGACUUCUAACCCAGUACAGUAGAUGACAGUAGAGUUUUGAUUUCCGGCAGUCAGGCAGCGGGUUCUUUUCUUUUCAUCUUUGGUUAUGUUUCUUGAUUGGAAUGGACAGGGCCUCCCUAAACCUUGGAUCUGGUGGUAACAUUAACUCCUUGAACGAUCCUUGUCACUGGAGCACAGUUCAGCAAGCAGUUGAGUACAAAGGUACUGCCAUUGGCACACUAGUGUAUUCCAACUUCUCUAGGGACAAUCUGAGAGCACUGAAAAGGAAGUGGGUUGAUAUGGCUGGAGUGGAAGGUCCUGAAAAUCCACUGCUCACCCUUGGUCUGGGCCGUUCACCAAGUUCCUCCGAAAAUAGCAAGGUUAGCUCCCCCACAGCUUGUAUGAUGUCUCCAUCUUCAGUGAAAGAGACUGAUGAGGAGUCAUCGAUGGAUCUUGGUCUCAACUUUGAUCUUUGUCUUGGUCAUGAUACUGCACAUCAUCACAAGAAGCCAUGUGCUGAGCAUGUGCCAUCAGCAGGUGCUCCGAAAUUGGAUCUUCAGUUGAGUUUGUCCACUUGUAUUCCUGAAUCAGCUGUGACCAAUGCAAGUACUGCAUCAAUAAAUGUUAAUGAUGGCUUAGAGACAGUGGUGCCUAAUUUGGUGACAGAUGCUAUUGGGGAAAAACUAGAGCCCUCCUCUAGUUGGAUUUUCAGGCAUUACAUGGCUUCAUCAUCAUAUGCUUCUGAAGCAACCUACAACUUUUCAUUGCCAAAGAUACCCGAAAAGGUUGAUGAUGCUGUGCCUUCUCCAGAUGUCUCAUCAGCCAUUACAGUGAGUGUGAAAAGCCCGGCUGCCUGUACUUCUGGGGCAACUAACUCCCAGAAACGGAGCAUUAACACUAAAUGCUGCCAGUUCCCAGGAUGUGAGAAAGGAGCAAGAGGAGCCUCUGGUUAUUGUAUUUCCCAUGGAGGUGGUAGGCGAUGCCAGAAACCUGGUUGCCAGAAGGGAGCUGAGGGAAGGACCAUCUACUGCAAAGCCCAUGGUGGUGGUAGGCGAUGCCAGUAUCUUGGCUGUACGAAGAGUGCUGAAGGCCGCACUGACCACUGCAUAGCCCAUGGUGGCGGUCGCCGUUGUAGUCAGGAAGGCUGUUCACGCGCCGCACGUGGAAAGUCUGGCCUGUGCAUCAAGCAUGGAGGCGGCAAGAGGUGCCAGAGGGAGAACUGCAAAAGAAGUGCAGAAGGAUAUUCUGGCCUCUGCAUCUCUCAUGGUGGUGGAAGGCGCUGUCAGUUUCCGGAUUGUACAAAGGGUGCCCAGGGAAGCACAAAGUUCUGCAAGGCACAUGGUGGGGGAAAGCGCUGCACGUUCCCUGGCUGUACCAAAGGAGCUGAAGGUAGCACUUCUCUCUGCAAGGGGCACGGUGGAGGUAAGCGCUGCGCCUACCAGGGUGGCGGUGUGUGCCCAAAGAGUGUCCAUGGUGGGACGCAGUACUGUGUUGCUCACGGUGGUGGGAAGAGGUGCUUAGUCUCAGGCUGUACCAAGAGUGCCAGAGGGAGGACAGAAUACUGUGUCCGCCACGGCGGUGGCAAGAGGUGCAAGUUUGAGGGCUGUGCCAAGAGUGCGCAGGGGAGCACUGAUUUCUGCAAGGCCCAUGGUGGAGGCAAACGCUGCUCAUGGGGCCAGGAGGGCUCAAGCUUUGGGGUCGGUGGGCCGCCGUGUGACAAGUUUGCUCGUAGCAAGAUUGGUCUUUGUGCAGGUCACAGCGCUUUGGUUGAGGAUCACUGCGUCCACGGUGGUGGCUCGUUAGGUCCUGCGAUCAGACAGUUGACAGCUGAUUGCAACCCUGAUGAGAUUCAAGCCGCUGCAAUGAAGGAUGAUGCUGAUAUGGCGAAUGGAGAAGACGAAGCUUUCCUGGGAUGGAACGAUGAUGAUGACAACGUCGAGGCGCAGCCCAGCGCACCUCCGCUCCCAGAGGGCAGGGUCCAUGGCAGUGGGCUGCUAGCUCUGCUCUCGGGUAGAGGCCAUGUUAGUGCCGCCAGCUGCUCUGACAAUGGCGCCUCGACUUCGUCUGCCAUGCGCACCUGGAUGUGAAUGUGAGGGGAAGCAAUUUUCGUGGAGGAUCGGUCCAUCGGUUUCCUGGGUUGGAGGUGUGAGUAGUGUCGUGUUUGUCUCAGGGAUCGCCAAAACUGUCGCUGCCGCAACGCUUGGAUCCCGCAUAAACAGCUGCCCCAUGUAGCAGAAAUAAAGAGGGUGGCCAGGUCAUAGUGUGAAGUCUAUCCAGUUAUUGUUGUAAUUAGUACUGAUUAGUGCCGUUGUGGUGGUGUCUCUGUGUAGCGUGGCGUCCAGAUUCUGUAUUGCCCGUGAUUGACUGCUCUAUUAGCAGACAGAAAUCUCAAGUUUGUUUGGUCUUUCCAUUGUGAAGUACUAGUAUCCUUGUGGUA